AUGUCUCUUACACCCGAGCAAAAAUACGAACUUAUUACCCGCAACCUUCAAGAAGUCCUUGGCGCUGACGAUAUUAAAAAGAUUCUUGCCGAGCGCGACUUGAAAAUGUACUGGGGUACUGCUCCCACUGGCAGACCUCAUAUUGGUUACUUUGUGCCAAUGACUAAAAUCGCAGACUUUUUAUCAGCUGGCGUUGAGAUGACAAUUCUUGUAGCCGAUAUUCACGCCUUUUUAGACAACAUGAAAGCACCUUUAGAACUUGUACAGCACCGUGCCAAAUACUAUGAGCAUAUGAUCAAGACCGUUCUUAAAUCACUCGGUGUGCCUAUUGAAAAACUCAAGUUCGUCAUUGGCUCCAGCUACCAAUUAAGCAAAGAAUAUACCAUGGACAACUUUAGACUUUCUGCUUUGGUUACAGAGCAUGAUGCCAAAAAGGCAGGUGCUGAAGUUGUCAAACAAGUAGCCUCUCCUCUCUUGUCUGGUCUCUUGUACCCAGGUAUGCAGGCUCUUGAUGAAGAACACCUCAAGGUUGAUGCUCAAUUUGGUGGUGUUGAUCAACGAAAGAUUUUCGUAAUGGCAGAAAAGUACUUACCUCAACUCGGUUAUAAGAAGCGUGCUCACUUGAUGAAUACAAUGGUGCCUGGAUUGACCGGUUCCAAAAUGUCUGCUUCCGAUCCCGAUUCCAAGAUUGAUUUCUUAGAUAGCGCCAAAGAUGUACAAAAGAAGAUCAAAAAGGCAUUUUGUGAGGAAGGUAAUAUUGUCGACAACGGCCUUUUAGCAUUCAUCAAAAACGUUUGGUUUCCCCUCAAGUCAUUGAAUGGAAAUAAGCCUACAUUCACUGCUAUUCGUCCUGAACAAUACGGUGGCAACAUGGUCUUUGACAAUUACGAAGCUUUAGAAAAGGAUUUUGCUGAUAAGAAGGUGCACCCAGGAGAUUUGAAGGCAGGUGUGAUUGCUGCUAUCAACGAAUUAUUAGACCCUGUGCGCAAGGCUUGGGAGGAUCCUGAAUCACAAAAGUUAUUAGAAUUAGCUUAUCCUGCACCUAAGCCAGUAGAAAAAGUGAAUCCAAAGAAGGAAAAGAAGGAAAAGAAGAAGGCAGAGAGAGCCGCUGCAUUAGCAGCCAAGGCUGCUGCUGCUGCUGAGAAUGGUGAAGUACCUGCUGCACAAGAGGAGACCCCAAAACAAGAAUAA